AUGGCGGACAAGCACGCGGCCGCCCUGCUGGUGUUUGAUCCCGCUAUGAUCGAUCAGAAGGAUGACGUCAUCCACUCGGCCUCUGCCUGCGUGGGCAUCCUCACCGAAAGGGACUACCUGCACAAGGUGGUGCUGGAGGGCCGCAGCAGCUUCUCAACGCACGUCAACGAGAUCAUGACACCAAAGUCAAAGGCGCGCGGCGCGCGGCGCGGCGCGAUGACGUCAGC